CCGGCCCUGCCCCCGGGCGCACCCGCCCCGCUCCGCUCCGCUCCGCUCCGGCGGCAGCCCGCUGCCGAGGCGCAGGGGCGGCGGUGGCAGCCGCCGCCGGGAGCGGCGCUGGGCUCGGCGCUGGGAGCGGCGGGCAGCUCACGCAGUCGCAGGGAAGAGGAGCAGCCGGGAGCCCGCCCGCCGCCGGAGCAGGGCGCGGAGAAUCGGCACAUCCCGGUUCCGCCGGGGGCGGCUCCGCCAACACCCCCCCCCCCUUCCCUCCCCGCGUCGCCUCCCCUCCCUUCCCCCUCCCCUCCCCUCCUCUCCCUCCCCGCCCCUCCGGAGCGACAUCCCUGCGAGUUUGCCUGGCUGCCCGCGCCCGCCGCCGCAUCUCCCCCGCCAUCAACUCUGGGGAGCCGCCGGCGGAGGUGCACGGACCCGAAGUUGCGGCCAGCCCGGGUGGAAAGUAGCGGCAACGCGGAAGGGGGGGGGGGUCCGGAGCCGAGCACAGCCCUGCCCAGCCGAGCGGGGCCGGUGCAACCUUCCCCGACCGGGGGCUGGCCCCGCGCCCCGACCCGCUCCGGCCGGCUCCGAGCGAGGCGUCCCCGCGGCAGCUGCCGAAAGAACCAACAUGCAAAGUGGAAGGAAACCCGAAACUGCUCUUUUAACAAAAAAGUAUUGGCUUUCUGCUUCUUUCACUUGUUUUCCUUUUGCUUCGUAAUGGAAGGAGUGGGAUUAUCUGAAUCAUUGAGGCAAAAUUUGGGCGUCGCUGGCUGGAGAUAAGAUGAAAGAAGACUUGAAAAUACAUCGAUACUCUAUGACUAUUGAUUCAGAUGCACCUUUCACAAACAGAGGGGAAUAGUGGUUAAAAGCACUGCAGUUUCAUCAAAAGGAGCUAAUGGAGGAGCUAUGUUGAUUAUUUUUUUUUAUUAAUUUUUUUUCCUUCCUGCUCUCCCAUGAGUCCCAAAAGAGAAAGAUGGAAAGAGCGUGUAUGGAAAUUGAGAUAAGGGGAAGGCUGAAGACAGUAACUUUGGUUUUGAAGUCUGUUUUCCAAGUGCUGUAAAUUCCCUAUUUCAUCAUAUAUAACACAAUGUUCUGAAUAAAUUAUAUCAUUUUGUGAUCAGUGGAGUUUUUGUCAGCUCUAGAAGUGGAAUUUGACCUGAUUGAAAGCCUUUUAAAAAAGUACAUGUAUGACUCCAAAUCCUUUUUUCAAGUCAAGUUUUUCAAGUUAUCGAGAGAGUGUGUUUCAGUCUCUUACUGUGCAUUGUCAACCUGUGUUUUAUAUGCAUAUCUCAGAGAUUUUACUUUUUCCCUAAUUUUAGUGUUUAUGCCGUGGUGUUGUGUUUGAGAAAAGUGUGAACAGACAAGGCACCUGACAUUUAAGUUUUUGAGAGCAGUGUUAUUUCAGUGUUGUAGCUCAGAUCACAAGUAAUCUGAGUAUCUGUGAGAAUGCACAGUACACACUAAGUCUUUUCUCCUAAAAAUAUGCCUUAAGAUGUUCAUUUCUGUACUAACUGGAUCAAAGUUUGAUACCUGAACAUUGUGUUUUGUUAGGAAAUGCAUGCCUGGGGAAGAGGAGCUGCCUAAUGGAUCAUGGCUCUGAUGUUCAUGGGGCAUACUUUAUUUCUAGCAUUAAUGAUGUUUGCUGUCUUCACUUGUGAAGAAUCUGUAAGCAAUUACUCUGAUUGGGUGACUUUCAUAGAAAAUGUAGAUCAGUAUGAAAAACAGCAACUUGAAGGUCUUAGUGCUGAGCAGAAGCUGAAAAAACCAGUUCUUCACCCCAGCUUGUAUUUUGACGCUGACGAUGUCCAGGCACUGAGGCAGAAGGCUCAUACAAGCCAUUCCCAUCUAUUUAGAGCCAUCAGAAGUGCGGUGACGGUUAUGCUGUCCAACCCAUUGUACUACCUACCUCCACCCAAGCACGUUGAUUUUGCUGCAAAGUGGAAUGAGAUUUACGGUAACAAUCUGCCACCUCUAGCAUUUUAUUGUUUGCUGUGCCCCGAAGAUAAAGCUGCAUUUGACUUUGCCCUAGAAUAUAUGGAUAGAAUGGCUGGCUACAAAAACUGGUUGGUUGAGAACGCACCUGGAGAUGAAGUGCCACUCGGUCACUCCCUAACAGGAUUUGCCACUGCUUUUGACUUCUUGUAUAAUUCCCUGGGAAAUGAGAGAAGGCAGAAGUACCUGGAGAAGAUAUGGUCUGUAAGCGAGGAAAUGUAUGAGUGCUCAAAGGUUCGUUCCUGGGGAAAACAGCUUCUCCAUAAUCACCAAGCAACCAAUAUGCUUGCUUUGCUUAUUGGGGCUUUAGUUGCAGGGGCGGACAAAGGAUCUCAGGCAAAUAUUUGGAAACAUGCUGUCGUUGAUGUGAUGGAGAAAACAAUGUUUCUGCUCAAUCACGUUGUAGACGGGUCUCUGGAUGAGGGAGUAGCUUAUGGGAGUUACACAGCCAAGUCAGUAACCCAGUAUGUUUUCCUGGCCCAGCGCCACUUUGGUAUUAACAACUUGGAGAAUAACUGGCUCAAGAUGCACUUUUGGUUUUACUAUGCCACCCUAUUACCAGGCUUUCAGAGGACUGUGGGUAUAGCGGAUUCUAAUUACAACUGGUUUUACGGUCCUGAGAGCCAACUGGUUUUCUUGGAUAAGUUUAUCAUGAAGAAUGGAGCUGGCAACUGGCUGGCACAGCAGAUUAGAAAACACAGGCCCAAGGAUGGGCCAAUGGUGCCGUCCACUGCACAGAGGUGGAGCACGCUACACACUGAAUUUUUAUGGUACGCUGCCGAAAUCACUCCUCAGCCGCCUCCUGAUUAUGGUACUGCUAAAAUGCACGUGUUCCCUAACUGGGGGGUUGUUACUUACGGGGCUGGAUUGCCCAACAGUCAGACAAACACCUUUGUGUCCUUUAAGUCUGGAAAACUCGGUGGACGUGCUGUCUACGAUAUUGUUCAUUUUCAACCGUAUGCCUGGAUUGAUGGGUGGAGAAGCUUCAAUCCGGGACACGAACAUCCUGACCAGAACUCUUUCACUUUUGCUCCCAAUGGACAGGUGUUUGUGUCUGAGGCUCUCUAUGGACCUAAACUCAGCCACCUGAACAAUGUCUUGGUCUUUGCUCCAUCUCCUACGAGCCAGUGCAACCAGCCUUGGGAGGGACAGCUUGGUGAGUGUGCCCAGUGGCUGAAGUGGAUUGGUGAUGAAGUUGGAGACUCAACUGGAGAAAUUAUAACAGCCUCCCAGGCUGGAGACAUGAUGUUUGUGAGUGGUGAGGCGGUAUCUGCUUACACAUCAGCAAUGAAACUGAAAAGUGUGUAUCGCGUUUUGCUGCUCUUAAAUUCUCAGACAUUGUUAGUAGUAGACCAUAUCGAGAAGGAGGAAGACUCUCCUGUUAAUUCUGUCAGUGCCUUUUUUCAUAAUCUUGACAUUGAUUUUAAAUACAUACCCUAUAAAUUUAAGAACAAAUACAAUGGAGCUAUGAUGGAUGUGUGGGAUGCCCACUACAAGAUGUUUUGGUUUGAUCAUCAUGGGAGUAGUCCUGUUGCUAGGAUACAGGAGGCAGAACAAGCUGCUGAAUUCAAAAAGCGGUGGACUCAGUUUGUGAAUGUUACCUUUCCAGUGAAAAACACACUUACAAGGAUUGCUUACCUUUUUUAUGGCCCGUAUGUCAAUGUUUCUAACUGUAGACUCAUAGAUAAUGCAAAAUCUGGAUUUCAGAUCUUGCUUAAUGUCAACAACACUGAAAAUACCAUCUCCAUUGUGACUGAAUAUCAGAAUUUAAAGACAAGGUUCAAUUACUUGGGAUUUGGUGGGUUUGCCAAAGUAGUUCAUGAAAACAAAGUGACCAAGUUUGGUCUAGGUACUGAAUCUGUGAAAAAACAGAUAAAAAAUAAUAGGGUGGUUUUCCCAUUUGGGUUCAAAGUGAACAUAAUUGCAGGGUUAAUUUUGGGUGUUAGUUUGGUCAUACUGGCUUUUCAGUGGCGAUUUUACAUAUCCUUCGGUAAAAUGUUGCGUUGGAUCCUGAUACUGGUUGUCACACUGUGGCUUAUUGAAUUGGUGGAUGUGUGGAGCAUGUGUACUCAGCCCAUCUGUGCAAAAUGGAGCAGUGACAUGACAAGGCUAGAACAUGAGAAAGGCAAUAAAGCCAAACAAUUAGAAGAAAACCCUGUUGGUUUGCCAGAUGUUAUCAUUGCUUCACUUCCCGCUUCUGGUGCAGAAAUUUUAAAACAGCUCUUUUUCAAUAGCAGUGACUUCUUAUACAUCAGGAUACCUACGCCCUAUCUCGAAAUCCCCGAGACUGAAUUUGAAAUUGAUUCCUUUGUAGAUCCGUGUGAAUGGAAGGUUUCUGAUGUCCAGAAUGGUCAUUUUCGUCUUAUCCAAGGGUGGCUUCAGUCUCUAGUUCGAGGCACAAAGUUACAUUUGCAAAACAUUCAUUUAUAUGAAGCCAGCAGAAGUAAAAUUGCUCAGCAUUCUGCCAUAAGCAAAGACAAAAAGAAAAGAUCCAAAAAGAGAGAAUCUCUGUCAGAGCAACGAAGCAGGGCAAGAGGGAGUCAAGAUAAAGAUGCUGAAUAUAUUAGGGAACUGAGAAGACAUCUCGUCUAUUAUCCUACUGCGCGACCUGUGCUUAGUUUAAGUAGUGGGAGCUGGACAUUAAAGCUUCCCUUCUUUCAGGAAAUCCUGGGACCGUCAAUGAGAGCAUUAUAUGUAGUAAGGGACCCACGGGCAUGGAUCUAUUCAAUGUUGUACAAAAAUAAGCCAAGCUUUUACUCCUUGAAAAAUGUUCCACAACACUUGGCUACAAUGUUUAAAGGGGAGGAUGGUAAAGGAAAAUGUAGUUUAAAUGAAGGCUAUGCCUUUGAAUAUGAAUCAUUAAGAAAAGAACUUUCAAAUUCUAAUUCAAAUGCUGUUUCUGUGUUGUCCUAUUUAUGGCUAGCAAACACAGCAGCAGCACUGAGAAUAAAUGGGGACUUGCUGCCAACAAAUUAUCAGCUGGUCAAAUUUGAAGAUAUUGUGAGCUUUCCUCAGAAGACGGCUGAAACAAUUUUUGCCUUUCUUGGUAUUCCUCUUCCUCCUGCUAGCUUAAACCAAAUAUUAUUUGCCACCUCCACUGGUCUUUUCUAUCUUCCUUAUGAAGGGGAAAUUUCACCAAGUAGCAUUCAUGCCUGGAAACAAGACAUGCCCAAUGAAGAGAUUAGGCGGAUUGAAGAUAUCUGUUGUUCUCUAAUGGACCACUUAGGAUACCCAAAGUUUAUAGAAUAAAUGCUGCUGGUCAGCAGAAAUUUGCACUAAUGAUCUCUUGACUCCCAAUUUGUGGAUAAAUAUUAGAGAAGGUUGUUUAUUCUUGUAAAAUGUGUACAGUCUGCUACUUUCAGAGAGAUUAUUUUAAGAAAAAGAUAGUUGUUCCUGCAACUGUGGGGUUUUUUUUUGUUGGUUUGGUUUGGUUUGGGUUUUUUUUAAAAAAACCUUGUAACUACUUCUGCUGCCUUUCAAAAAAAGCUGUGUGAACCUUUGUAGAACUACCAGCUGGGGACUCUAUAGCUCAGGGCAUUAGUAAUAGAAUAUGGAGCUUUUCACCUCCAUCUCACCAGUUUGACUCCAGCCCAAGUGUUUAGUUCCUGAAAGUACUUACCAUCUGAUGAUUGUAUGACAGCUUAUAUGAAAUUAAACUGGUUAAACUGGCCUGGUUCCCAAUGGUGAUAAUUAGCCCCCUUGGACAGGUUUAUUGAUGCAUUCUAUCUGUGUCUUACUGGUCACUACAGUGGUGCAAAGUAAACAAAAGCUGAGAUUUAAGGCUGUUCAGCAUCCCUUCAGUGGGAGGAAACAGUCAGAACAUUCGAGUGAAUCUAGUUCCUUAUUUACAGUCUCAGCAGGCAGGCCCAGGACUGGAGUGGACAUGGAUAUUGAAUAUCAUUACAGGAUAUGGUUCCUUCAGCUCAGAGAUGUGGCACUUAAAUUGGGGUUUGUGCUUUGACGAAAGAGACUUCGUUCUCCGUGCCUGACAAUGUGGUACCCUUUGUGAGCCUGAAGUAAACUCUUCAGAGAAAAAUAAAUGGGACAAAAAGGAACCAACAAGAUCUCCCAAAUGAGCAGUUCAAUUUGGAGAAGAUUUUGUGUAGUUUUGACCUGCCUCAACCUAACUUAAUUCAGAAGGUUAUUAACAUCUUGGCUCCUUGCACUGCUUUAUCCUGUACCUCUUGUCUAAGUGGUUCUGCAAGGAUUUUCUCUUUUUGAGGGAGACUCUUCCAUCCUUCUUUGUUGUAACACAUUUCUCUGCUGAUUCUUGUGCAUAAUUUCACUGAGACCAGUGCAAAUAUUUGAUGUCAUUGUCAAUGGCUUAUUGUUGAUGUCUGCAUAAAAUGGCGAUCUGAGAUUUAGAAGAUGUUAAAUAAAUCUCCAGGUCUGUGUUGCUGAGGGAUGUUUUGCUUUUCUGUAUAAUGAAUUUCUGAAGGACAACCAUUGCUAACCUGAGGUCGUCUUUCAGAGAGGGGAGAAAUCUGAAAAUCACCCCUCCCUCAGCCACCUCACAUUUGAGUGAUGUUUCCUUGCAGUAAACUAUUUCCAAAGUUGUCUGAUUUGUAUCAUGAUUGGUGUUUCUUCAACAUGAUGCUGUAAUAUGAUAUCUGUUUGGAAACAGGUAGGCUUGAUAGGAUAGAUGUGUCUUUGUCACAGCUUAUUUUCUUCUUGAGUCACACUCUUCAUUUGCGCAUGCCCAUUAAGAAAAAAAAAUCCCAUUUCCCAAUUUAACUUGCUCAGCAUUCUUUGGAAAUGCAUGCGUAUUGUAAAUGUCUGCAGAUGUGUAAGUCAGAUCACAGAGAGACAUCUGUUUCCUUUACCAUCUGUUUUUUAUUACAAAUGGAAUUGUCUUGGAAUGCGCUUCAGUUGGUUUGUGGGAGCUGGGAUCAGGGUUUUGGCUUAUUAUAUUGAAAUAUGCGUGUAAUUACUGUUUAUUUGGGUGGUAAGCAUUAGACAAUGUCAAAAGUGCAGUGAGUUUCUCUGUACAGAUUACAGGUACCCUUGCUGAUUUUUGAUAAAAAGGAGUUCUUGCCUUUCCUUCCAAUCUUACUAUCAUGUCCCUGUCUUACCCCGCUGUCUUGUCCCUCCCAUACAUACAUCUCACAUCCUUUGGAUCACGUUGUGAUAUCUUAUUACGACCUAAAUAAAAGUAGUUCUUUCUCGGCCAGUCAUUCAUGUCAAAAUAGGCCUCUAGCAGGAUAAAUCUAUUGAUAUUUUGCAGUCUCACUAACCAUAACUUAGCUGUCAUUUACUAGCAGUAGUUUUUUUCCCCCCCUGCAGUCCUAGGUUUCACCCCUGGCUAUGUGGAAUGCCAUGUUAAAGGAAAUAUUAAACAAGUUAAUAUACACUGACAUGUUAGUGAAACUUUGGUUUCCAAGUAUUAUUCUCUCAAAUUGGCUUCUCUCUGAAGCCAUUUUUGAUUGUAUGUUAAAAAAAAAAGUAUUGAUGUCUGUACAGUCUGUACUUGCAGUCUGUACCUGACAGAAUAAGUUUCAGCAUUUGCUUUCUAUUUCCAGGAUUUGCACUCUAGAAUCAGAACAAAUAAAAAGGAUUUUCUCUGUCAGAUGUUUUAGGGCAGCUGAAGGUAAGAAUUAAGACUGACUGUGUAUUUGUGGAUGUAGAAAGAAACCUUUAAAUCCCUUCCAGAAAGUGCUAUAUGGAAUGCCACAAUAGCCUAUAAACCAACUUUUUGUUUUUGAGGAGUUAGGGUGGACAGAAUUGUCUGUCAAGAGCAUCAUCUGUGCUAUUUUUGGAAUACAGGUUUUCCCAUGCACUUCCAUUCAUAAUAGCGUUGUUGCUGUCAUUAAUUAUAUGCAAGAUUUAGGAGCUAUUUCUUUUCUGUACUACACUUUCCCAUUUCAAAGAAUGCAUAAUCUAUUAUUCAGAUUUCAUUGCAUUGUGUGUUCCUUACACAGGUGUAAAAAAGUGGAAGAGAACUCCGUUCCUUAUUUUUAGAUUUUGUUGUGAGGGCAAAUGCAUUAUAAUCAUUAUGCUAAAAAUAUGUAAAAGGGAAAGCAGUGUCUUUGAAGACAGAGUAGGAAUGCAUAAGGUAUGGCAAGUCUUCAAUUUUCAAUCAAAUAAUCGUUUUGUUGUGUUUUAGAUGGUAAGUUACACGACCACUCAACCAAAGUUAGUACCAGACAGGAGAUACCCCAGCUAUGGAGUUGAAUGACUUUGUGUUGAGAUUGUGGCCUUCCACUUGUAUGAAUAGCAACCCAAGACACAGCAGAAAGCUGAAUAAAGAUGCAUAUGGUUGACAAGAAUGCCCACUAAAAGAUGAAGAUCUGGGAGUUUGUAGAAUAAAUUUCAGUAGCACCAUCCAUAAAAUGACAGUUGUAGUAUGGAAAAGCUGGAGGCCUGCUGAUAAAAAAAAGUAAAAAAUAAACUUGCUUUUCUUUAUUAAAGAAUAAAUUCCAGUUUUAAGUCUGUGCUGAUCUUCAGUCAAAUCGGUCAUUAAAUAGAUUUCUUUUUUCUUAUGUAAGUGUUCAAUUGAGACUAGUGGGGCUCUGUAUAUGAAGAAUAUGAGUGUAAUUCUAUAAUAUGAAAUGAUUUUGUGGGUGUGCAGACUUAUCCUCAAAAUUCUCUUCUGUCACUAGCAUCCAGAGGAAGAACGGUCACUACAUAGACACAGACAUUAACCUUUACUUUCUCCAUAUAGUAAUGUUUAAGACUGUCAGUAAAAUUUGGGAAUUGUUAGACCUUUUUGAAAAGCAUGCCUGGUUAGGUACAUUGUAUUGAAAAGUGUUCUGGCACUUUCAGUUACACUUUCAUAAAGUUGCUCAUGAAAAUUAGUCUCAGUACUUUAUCUCAACCUUGCUUCCUUUUUCUCCCUGUGUUAAACAUUGAUAAUUAUUUGUACUGUAUUGUGGUUUGAACUGUCCAAUUAUAAGACAGCUAAGAUUUUGACAUAUUUUAAAAAGGCAGGCUUUAUUUAAAUGCUUAUAUCUCUGAAUCAUAUUUGGAAGGCUAAGAAAAAUAAACGCCGAGGAAAACUUUUCAGUUAUUUACUUACUUUGUAACUAAGUGACAUUGGCCCUGGGGAGAGGCACACUGGUCUUGGCGUUCAGAGUUCUAUCAAAUUGCAUGAAUCUAUAGUCUCUGAGCAUACCUAAAUGCCUCUGUUGCUCCCAGUAGGCUUUGUCCAAGAGCGACGUCUGUGGAGAUGUGCCUCAGUAUCAUGGUCAGAUUGGUUCUUUUCACCCUCUUAGCACGUAGUUGGCAUGCAGUCCUCGUCGGAUUUAUGUUUGAACAGUUAAUUUGCCAGAUCCAGAGUUGCAUUUCUGUACAAGAUCCUCAAUUAUAUGUAAAAUACAUGGCACAACUCGUUUGACAGUGUAAUACUAUUCUGAUAGUGUUAAAAUGCAAAUCAAACAAAAAAUCCACUUCAGCUUUUAUAAAGUUAUUGGUAACUGAUUUGUAAAGCUGCAGUCGUUGGUCAGAUUUUUUGGUUUUAACCAUAAAAACGGUUUCAGUUGCUGUUGAAACUUAAUGAUGUGACUGCUAGGGGAGUCCUAGCUCCACCUGACAGUCAAUUAUUUCCAUUAUUAGUCUUAAGAGACACUAUUUGAUGAACAUGAACAUACAUAAUCUGGAAUGUAAUACUGCAUUUGCUGAAAACAUUUGAAGUGCACAGUUCAAGAUUAAGGAUAACAACAUGUUACCUCAAUAUUUCUGUAAGUUACAAAAAUUAGCCCCUUUGCUAGUGGCCCAUAUGUUGGGUUCCAUAUGUUGGAAUAUUUUAUAAUUAGAAGCUGUGGUAUUUAUUUAGGUGACUUAGAAGUAAUUUAUGAAAAUUAUUUCUUUUUAAUUACACUUAAAAUUAUUUUCUUCAAGAGGGUAAGCCCUGGAGCUUAAAACUUCUAUGAUCAGCGCAUCACAAGCUUUCCUUCCUUUCUCUGGACUCCCUUUUAGCUUUGGUUCAGACUAAAACCUUUGUUUAAAUCUCAUCAUCAGUGCGCUGUUUUCCAAGUGAGGAGUCUGUCUGGAGACACUUACAGUCUCAAAUUCCAUUUCGUUGUGUUUCAGUGUGGACUACUCGUGGACUACGAGUCAUGGAUCAAAUCCCUAAAUUGUGAGCUGUUCAGAAUUGGACCAUAAGUGGAAUGAUGCCUUGCUGACCUCAAUGAAUGUUGUGCCAUUGGCUUCAACAGGGCCGAAAUACUAUCAGCUACUAUCGUCAAACAAUUAUCAUCCACUUAGCCUGAAUAUUCCAAAACAGCAGAAAUUACAGGAAGUAAAUACCUCAAAUGAACAUGAAAGAUUGCUGUUAGUGUUAUUUGAUGAAAAAAGGAAAUGCAUUUUAAUAAUGUAAAAAAUGUAAAUUGUUCUGUAACCGUAAUCAAAGCUACCUGUAGGCUGUCUGAUGAAUUUAUAAACUCAUAAAAGGAGGUAUAGAAACAAACAGAUAUUCAAAAUGAUGUACAAACACAGUUUCAAGUGUCAGGACUUUGAUUUUCUUUAGUGAGGAGAAAUUUGCUGAUACCAGAUCUACGCUAUUCUCGUAAAGGAUGUGAAUGGGUAAUCUUGUGCUGUCUCAGAAAAUAGUUAAUAAUGGGAAAGUGCUGUUUCACAUUACUGAGAUGAUACUGUUUUAAAUUAAACUACACAUCUUUUGAGCUGACAAUAUGCUGAGAGUUAUAUGUGAUGUAGGAGAACAAAGACAGUCUGAUUUCAUUCACACCUGUCUAACAGAAUAAUUUCUGAAAGGUUCUUCAUUUAUGCUGGUGUAAACUCAACAUUUAGUUUACUGUCUUUACUAAGAAAGAUAUUGUGGUGUUUAAGAACAUGACCUGAAUUUGUCUAUCUCACAUUAGGUAAUUUAACUUUCGCACCUAAAUAAGGAGCAUUGUCACUCUAGAAUCAAUGGAAAGUGAGUGUUGCCUUCAAAGGUAAAUCAGACAUUGCUUACCUCUUCGUAAAUCCUCAAAAACCAAGGGUGACUCUUAGUUUAGAUGCCCACUGAAAGGCCUCAAAGGAAGUGGGGUGAAUUUGGCUUUAAAUGUGUAUGGCCUUACAUCUAAGUAGAUUUCUGCAUCUGAGCAGUUCUAGUGCAUACACUGUCCAAACAAAAUUUUAUGAAACAUCCUGCAUAAAAUAAAACUAUUGUUAGUAGAAUAAUACUUUUGUGUUAUCCUUUUUUUUCUUUUUUCUUACAUUAUUUCACCACUUAGGAUCUCACAAAACUUUGUGAUGUGGUCAAGUAUUUAAAUUUUUAAAAUAUUGCUGGUUUUGUUUGUUUUGAAUAUGGGAGCCACUGUUAUCUUUCAGAAAGUGUUGAUGGCAAGACCUGAUUCUGUCUGCCCUUGAAUGCACAGUAAGUAUGUUCAAUGUUAAGUAAAAGACCACAAAAUAGCUGUAUUCCUAGAACAAAAAGAGUGAUUUUCUGCUCAGUUCUCAGGAACUGGACAACUGGUGCAAUCCAUAAUUUUGAAGUCUUUUAGUCUAUAAACACAGUAGCUAUAUGCAAACUGUAUGUUUAGAAUUGUGCCUCUUCUAAUUGCUGAACUAUACCCAGGCAUUUUUUCGGAGGCUGGUAUUUGGCCCAGAGACCAUUCUAGCAAUUUAACAGUGUAGGUAGGCAAGUUCCAGCAGCCGUGAAUGUUCUCUUGUGUGUUUAAUUUAAAAAAAAAAAGACAUGUAAUCAAGUUAACUGGAAUAACUGCAGCCCUCUGGAUCUCUCUUACUGAAUGGGGGCUGGCACAGGCAAUAUCUCUCAGAUCCAGAGACACAGGUAGUUCAGCAUCCUUAUUGCUGCUAAGGUCUGUAACCCACUGCAGGUGCAUCUGAGCUGCAACUAGUUUCCUGCAGCAGUGAUUUGCAGGUUUAGCUAACUGAUUUUUUUGUUCAUUUAAUUUAGCAGAAGGUGCUUGAGGUAUACCUUAAACUUAGGAGCAAGUAUAAGACCUGAUUUUAUCUCUCCUGUGAACUUCAGCAUGUUGUAAAGCAAAGGUUUGCAUGUUUAUAAGUCUUGAUGAUGUUAUAUUUAGCUGUGAAAUAGGUUUAAUGUUGUUUUUUUCUGGAGGAUGUUAGACCUGUGCCUUCUCCGUUGGUGGCUGCUGUAUUAUUUUGCAGUUGGUGGGUGGUAUGUCCUUAUCCUUUGUAGCUCAUCCUAGGUCUUGUCACUGUACUCUCACAACUAAUUUUUAUUUUCUUUUUUUUAACUUUCUGAAUAUUGAACCCAACUUUGGCUUUUGGGAGAGUUACAUGGAAAAUGCCCAUUAUGAUAGGAGCAACAAGGUGUGGUGUAAAAAAAUGUUGCUGUCUAUUACAAAUUCUUUGACAAUACUUGUCUCCAGCCAUUUUCUGAAAGGUUGUUCAAAGUGAAUAAAUCCAAUGUACAAAGCUCAGCGGAAACUAAUAUCAAGAACAUGAUAAAAGGCAGGCUGUCAGAGAUAAUAAAUGCACACUUGUUUUUGUGAAAGCCAUUAAUAUUUUCACUCUUAAUUGCUUUUCUAAGAGAGGAGUUGCUUAUAUUUUCUUUGGGGUUUUUUUAGACCUUUUUGUGUGUUUCCAUCUUACAGCUUGCCUAAAAAUAGAUUUUAUCCUAUGUUUUCUGAAUCUUAGUUUGAAAUGUUAAUUUUGUUACAUUUUCUUGAACCUUCUGUUCUGUUUCAGGAUGUUCCAGUCAAUUCUUUUCAUAAAUUACAUCCUACAGAUGCCACUUGAUUUCAAGAAACAUAAUCUCAGACCUGGCGAGGACUCUGAUAAGUAUACAGAAAUGAACUGAGAAACAGGAGAAACAAAAUGUUAUGCUGCUGAAGAGAAUAAACUUGAAAGCGUGUGUUGGAAUAUUCAGGUCUUAAUGAGCUGCCAUAUCAUGCACUAUGAAUGCCUGAAUAAUAGACUUUAUUAUUCACUUUAACUGAUCAACUGAACAUUGUCUCUUUCAAACCACCAUAAGGGUACUGAUGGAAAGAUAAGUUAAAAGGAACUUUUGUUUGGAUGUAUUUUGAUUUUUUUCUUUUCUUCAAAGCAGUGCUAUUAUUUUGUAUUCCCAAGCUGUGUUAAUUUGUAACUAGAUAGCUAUUACCCAGUGUAGCUCUAUAAUAACAUUGUUGGCACCAAAGGAUGCUUUUCAAUGAGAGGGUGCAGCUUUACCUGCUGGGUAUAGAUUCAAUAUUGAUGGUUUCUCAACUGCCAGCAUCCUUUAGUGACGCAUUUGAAAGAAAAGUUGACUUCUGUAGUAAAGAAUUGUUUCAUGUUAAAGAAUAGACAGCACUGUUGCUGAACAACAUAGAGGUGAUGUGAAAACAUGCAUAUUAUAGACAGUCAGAAUACUAUCAGUUAGUCAUGAUUUAGCCAGACUCAUAAUCAGAUCUUUAAAAGUAUGGCUGUAGCUCUCAUCCAUUCUUCAACCUAAUUACUAACCUUCAUGACCCUCUUUAAUUGCAGGCUAGGCUAAGAUGAAUUUCCUUCCAUUUGCUGAAAGAAAAGAGCAAGCCUACAGGAAGAUACCCUGGCUUUGUUGAUAUACUAGGAUUUUUUUAAGCUGCUGUCACUUGAAUGUAUGUCUGUACCUCUAAAUUGCUCCAGGGUGCAUGUGCAAAUCUUACAGGUGCAUUUGCAAAGCUUACAUAAGGAAUGAUUCUGUUGACUUCAGUGUAUAGGAAUUUACCUAAUUGUAUUCCAUCUUUCUCUGAUAAUAGCCACACCUUAGUACCUUUAACACAUGAAGGGAAGAGAAUGAUUAGUAAAGAGCCAGGCUAGACAAUAAACAAAAAGCUCUGAUACUCAUUGUUCACAGAUUGUUUAAAGCAUUUGCCAUCAAUCUGCUUCAUCUGCAUUUAGUUCAGUUGGCUGUGCACAGCAACAGACUCAUAGCAUCCUUUGCAGAAUCUCCCUUGAGAAGUUUAUAACUUAACAGUACAGUUUUAAACAGCUAAUAUAUAUAUAUAUCAUUGCUUUAGUGCCUCUUAAAUUAAUCUAGGUGCAUUUUUUUUGAUUUAAAGGUGCAAGGAAAAUCAAAAGAAAAAAAGUUAUGCAAUUCCCUUUAAAGUUAAAUAUAAAUAAAUAAAUAAUUAUAAAAAUAAAGACAUUCAGAUGCUAUUAAAGUUUCAGAAGAAAAAAUCUGUAGGGUCAAUUUAACAGAUCUGCCAUUAAGUGUGUUAUUAAAUUAUUACUAUUCAUGAUCUAUAAUGUAUCCUGCAAAACAGCUACAAAUAUGACCAAUUUGCUUUUGUUGGACUUGUGAAACAGAAACAGCUAGAUACACCAACUUUUAACUGAAAGCAGAUGUAAUAACCUCAUGAAAAGGUAGUCUUACCCGUAUUUAGAUACCUUGCAGUUACUCUUGUACUUACUGGCUUUUAUUUUGUGUUAUCAGUGAAGAUUUAGUAACUCAAUUUUGGUUUUUUGUUACUAUUACAGGUGUAUUAUUAGUAGUAAGUGUGAGAGCACUGGGAGAAAUGGUCCAUAGCUUUAAAGAUCUCAUAGUCUAAAUGGUAAAUAACUAUUAGGAUCUAUAUUUUAGAGAUUAAAAGUCCAGUAAUUUACAUAAGGCUUAUAGAUAAUUCUACAGGUGUAAUGGAAUUUGAAUUUAAAUAGCUCAAAUCUCAGUCUGCUUCAACGAAUCAUGUGCUGCUUAUCCUUAAACAUAGUAAUUUCCAGUAUAGAAUCAGAAUCAUUUAGGUUGGAAAAGACCCUUCAGGUCAUCCAGUCCAACCAUUAACUUAACACUGCCAAUUUCACCACUAAACCAUGUCCCCACGUGCCAGGUCUACUUGUCUUUUAAAUACCUCCAGGGAUGGUGACUCAACCACUUCCCUGGGCAGCCUGUUCCAGUGCUUGACAACCCUUUCAGUAAAGAAAUUUUUCCUAAUAUCCAAUCUAAACCUCCCCUGGAGCAACCUGAAGCCAUUUCAUCUCAUCCUAUCACUUGCUACUUGGGAGAAGAGACGGACCCUCACCUCACUACAACCUCCUUUCAGGUAGUUGUAGAGAGCGAUAAGGUCUCCCCUCAGCCUCUUUUUCUCCAGACUAAACAACCCCAGUUCCCUCAGCCGCUCCUCAUAAGACUUGUGCUUUAGACCCUUCACCAGCUUCGUUGCUAUUCUUUGGAUGUGCUCCAGCAGCUCAAUGUCUUUCUUGUACUGAGGGGCUUCUCAGCCUUUUGGCUAAGAUUAAGUGUAUUGUAUUACAUAUGUUGUGCACGCAUAUCAUCAAAUUCAUGAAGUCCUGCUAACUUUGGGAGAGAGUCAGAAUGCUGGAAAGCAAGCAAUGUCUGCAGUGUGGAACUUAGUCUUACACAGAAAAUGUAUGCAGUGAAGUGCAGAGAGAUUUUAACGUGAUGAAGGCUCUCAGCAAAUACACUUAAUUUGCUCUGAAUUUAGAACUUAAACCAGACUCUGAUAUAGGAAGCUUAUUGGGAAAUAUGUAGGUUGUGGCUUAUGUUUUCCUUGCAAAUGAAGCACUUCUUUUUUGCUAGUAUGGCUUUUUAGCUGAAAGUGUUCUGAGACUGACCAUCCUUUAUUCCUCUUCUUUUUUUAUGCUGUGUAGUUUCCCUAUAAGACUUUUGUUAAUCUAUUUUAGAAAGAUAUAUUUGUUUAUCAAGAGUGACUUUGAUUAACUCUUUCAUUACUUUUUCCUUCUGUUGCUUUAAAAGUAGAAAUCAUACUUUCAAGCAUUUUGUGAAGGAAUCUAUCAGAAUUUCUUAAAGUCACAAAUUAGAAAAGUAGUCAGAAUAUAACUGUAGUUGCAAAGUACAACUAACACUUCAAAAUGUCUUCUUAUACCAACAAAAAGAAGCAUAAGAAUGUAACCUUAUUUUCUUUACAGCAACUUUAUUGAUAUAAUUGUAUCAUUUGUGUUGAAAUUACACCCAUUUUUAUUUAAAAUAAAAAAUUACCUUCAUUAAAACAAAUACAUAUAGUAUAAUAAUAAUAAUAAUAAUAAUAAUAAUAAUAAUAAUAAUAAUAAUAAUAUCUCCUAACUGGAAUUCUGUGGUAAAGCAAAUCUUCUGCAAUAUCUCUUGCACCCUGUGUGAUUUCAACUGUAGCAAGAGUGGCCAACAACUUAGUAGUUUUCUUGCUCUAAGGCAAAAUCUGUUCCUAGCACUUAAAACACUGCCAAAUUCAUAAAUAAAAAAUAAUUUAAAACAUUUUAUCAUAUUUCAUUCUUGCAGAUCUUAUUUUUGAGUGAAGGUUGAAUAUUCUGCUUUCAUUUUGACAGAAGAAGGCACCCAUCUAAGUAAGUUCACCUGUGAAUUAGCUUACCUAUACCCCUCCAAAUUUGCAGACAGACAGAUUUCUGAUAGGGCUACUUCUUUCUUCUUUCAGUAAAGUUUAAGUUUGGUUAAUUGGCCAGAGAGUAUUGAAUUUAAAUAAACAGGAGUUAAACUAUUUUAAAUUACUUUAACAUAUGGCCUCUACUGGUUACAUCCCUUUUGACUUUGAGUUACAAGCCUACUUCUCCUAAACGAAAUCCUCAGUGACACCUCAAAUCUAUCUCAUUGUAAUCCUGUUAAAUAGAAACAUUUCCUGGGUGAUGGACAUUCUAGAGAUACUGCAUUAAGUGCUAAUGUAUUUUACAUUAGCACAUCAUAUUAAACAUUACUUCUGGACUCAAGAGUACUCCUUAUGCUUUGCAUUCAGUGCCAACAGAGAAUAUAUGUUAGUUUAACAACAAUGGGCCAUUCAAUUCUUACUACAAAAAGGUUGUAAAAGUGGCCUAAGAUCUUUACCCAGGAGAUUAGUAUAUCAAAAAUAGAUGCUUUUUGUAUCAAAAUGAGAACUGUGACUCUCAGACCAUUAAUAUCAAUGCACAACAUGACUUCUCAUCCUGCUCUUAUGUGGUCAUCGUUAGGACGAAGUGAUAGAAUGUUCUUUGAUGUCCUGACACCAACACAAAAGCUGUCUCAAGAAGAAAAAUAGUAGUUUUAAUCAAUACGUAGUAAUAUAUACCAGGCUUUCCUAAAAACUACUUUUCUUGCCUGAAUGUGUAUAGAAUCACAUUUUACUGGGUUAUAUGUUUCUAACUGAGGUCAGUAUCUGCUGGCACUAGGAAAGCAUGAUGAUAUGCUAGCUCGUAGUAUGUAUUGACAGAAGAGGUAGUCAGCACAGGGUGACUGUGCUCUAGACUAUAGCCCAGAGUUUUUCAUUGGUUGCAUUUUAGCAUUGCCAAAAAAUACACUGUAAAUAGAUGAUUUUUACUGUGCUCACAGGGCAUACUGUGGAAAGAGUGAUGAUCUCUUUCUUCAACAGAAGACUUAGCAGAGUUUUUUCAUGCUAUAUCCUUCCCUGCUGCCAGCACAGCAGAGCAAAAGGGACAUAGCUGGAGGAGAAGAUAUACACCACAAUGUCCAUGCAAUGUGAUGACCCUCAGGAGUGUCACCUUUGCUGUGCAGUCACAAAUAUGAACUAGAGCAAGCCUAUUGCUUCUUCCUGGGGCAUGGAUAAAAUCUUGGAAAUCUCUUACUUGUGAGCACCCUACAGACUCAGAAAUGAGAAGGCAUUUAAAAAAUAACCCUUAAAAUUACUUUUACUUUUAAUCUCGUGAUAUAUGAGGUAAUCACACAACUUCCAUGACCUUGACUGAAGCUCUUAAAAGAUUGAAAAUGCCCAGGUGUGGGAUAUAGUCGUGUAACAGAAAAGGUCAUUUUCUGGAAUGUAGGAAACACAAUGUUUCAGCUCAUCGGGCCCUAAGUAUAUGACACAGCACAACUCAAAAGCAGACAAAUAAGUUGACCAAAUGGACUUCUGCACAGCUUCUAGUGCUGGUUCAGAUCGAUAGCUGUGGCUAGAGUCAGCACAAAGGCUAGGCACUAAGAUACUGAUCAAAGCAAAUGCUGUUAUGUGGCCUCAUUCAGGUCUCAAGGAACAUAGAGGCUUCAUUCCCUUAAUUGCCCAUGUUGGUGAAAGAUGCCAUUGUAGGUCCUUAAUGCCUUGGUUCUGAACUAGUGGAAAUGCCAACGUACGUACAAGGUAUGGCAUGUACAAGGCCAAGUUCAGGACUUAUGCUGACAGUGGGGAUGAGCAUCAUACGUUGUUAUUUAACAACAAACUAGAUCUCAGAAUGUAAUAUCUUGAAAGUUAGUUUUGGUUUUAAUUUAUGUUUUUUUAAACCACAGAUUUCCAUUAGGAGUAGGUGAAUAAAAUAUGCACUUCCAUGAACUACUAAAAAUAAUGUGAAAGAGUGAGAGAGAUGAAAGCUUUGCUAAUUCCAAGCAAUUCAAAUGAAAUACUUUAAAACUGGGAUGUCAUUUGCAAAAUCUCUAGAUCUCCUGCCUCAGUAUUAUGAAAUUAGAUGGUAGCAAAAUAAUUUUAUGUAGCAAACUCCUACUAUGUCUCAUCACUUGUAUUCUUUGUUUUCAGUUUUGUCAUCUAACUUCUAUGUGUUGGGGGUUUUAUUUAUUUUCUAUGAAUAAACACUGAGCAGCUAUACAUAUGUAUCCUCAAAAACCAGAAGCACCUCAUUUUAGAAGGGGGUGCAAAAGCAAGCAGCAUCUGAUGCGCUACCACUGUACCUUAGCAUAGUAUCACUGAAGAUAAUGAAGCUGAGCAGGGCUACAACAGUUGAGGGUAGGUAGCCUUCUAUCUGCAGAAUAAACGUCAGUGUGGGACAGAGACUUCAUCUUGAUGACAGGAUAGCAUAACAUCUGGGAUGUGAGCCAGAAGAUAGCUACUGUAAAACUCAGCCUGUGCAAUGCAUUAUGUCCCCCGCCAAAUCCCCCCUCCUGCUUUCCUUCUGAAAAAGGAGGACUGUCCACAGCCCCAUUUCAACUGGGAAAAGUGAUCUCUUUGGAGAUUUAGAGAAAUAGUUUAGAAAUUUAGAGAAAGUUCAUUUAGAGAAAUAAAUAAAAGCUCUCAUUAGUGUUGUGUAAUCAGCCUAUAAUCAGAAACACAAAGGGAAAAUACUGACUGGCACUUGAACUACCUACUACUUUGUUCUCUUACAAGACAGUAUGGCAGUCUCUGUUCUGAUGAUAAAGAAAGAAGGAUAUUGGAUCUUUAUCUAAAAGCUGUGCAAGAACUCGCUGGGUACCUAUUUCUGUGCUUUGGGUGCCUGAAUGGUGGAAAACCUAUUGAUAACAAAAUAGAUCACAGAGGUUUAAAAGAUUGAAGGAUAGGCCAAGUGGUUGCUAAGCUUUAGAUUUACAGCUCUCUUUGAAGAGCUGACUGAAAUCAUAAUGAUAAAGGAUUUUUGCUUAGCAUGCCUGCUAUGGUUUUGUGAGAAAUCAGGUACCUUAGACUAUGUCUGUACCUAUGUGCUGAACCACCUGGUAGUAUACUCCUGGGGCUGGUUUCUAUUCAGGGCAUUUUUACGUGAGCUCUGAAUCUACAUGCCCAGGUUUAUCUCAUGGCUACAUCCUGCACCCAAAUCCCGGUACGUGUCCCAGAUCUGAUGAUGUAGUCAUAUCCUGAAAAGACUUACCAACAGUGGAGGUAUUUUGUUUUGCAGAGCACAAUAACAAAGGAUGAUACCUGGUGAAAUCAUAAAACCCCAGCAGUUUCAGCUCUUUUUCAUUUAAAGAUUCUGAAUUUAAGCUCAGAAUUAAAAAUAAUAGCCUUGAAUUUGAAACCCAUGCAAGUGACAUUGAAGUAAAGGUUUAAAUUGGGCAUCACUGAAGUUGAUUGUCACUCCAUAUGUUAAAAAGUAAAGGCAAAGUAGUUAGACAAUUAGAAGCAGUUUGUUGUUUUUACUAAUUGGUUCAUUUCUUUCUCUCUUUUAAAGUGCAUGGCAGUCCUUGGUUGCCUUUUCUGAUGCAUGAAUGCACAGUGCUGCUUGUGUUCCAGUACAGGCCACCUGAACAGAAGAUCUAGUUAUAUGAGAUUAGCAACAAAAUUAGAACUUAUUUAGAAAACAUCAUAUAAAGACCAGUCAAGUAAAUCAAACAGACAAAAAUAACGUGAAUAAAAAAAUCCUGAACUGACUUUGCAAUGAUCUUUCAAGCCAGAUAAAAGAAGGGAGUAAUUAACCUAACCUUUGGGCGGAACUGCAAAGCGUGUACUUGCAUAAAACAGCAUGCCUCUUGCCUACAUGGAAAAGAUUUACUCCUUAACGAGGGCUAAGAUGUUCUCCAAGAGGCACCCUUUCUAUAUUGUUUUGAAUCUGUACCUGUAGCCAUGUCAGCCAUAAUGCUUCAUUGGUUUUCUGUCACAGGCUUUCUUUAUGAUAGGGUAACCUGAUACAGAGGAUUCUGAGUUGCAUCAUCCAAGAUAAAGGUCCUAAGUGAAAUUUCCUUAUUCUUAGCAGGUUUUCUGUAGCAGGUGUUACAGAAAUUACAAUGCAACAGAAUUACAGGUAUUCUGCUCUUCUGCCCCAAUUCGAUAUUGGCUUAUUAGAACUCAGCCCCCAGAUACUCAAUGUAUAAGUGAUUUUUAAAGUCAGUAGAGUUUCACUCCGGCUCUUAAAGCUGAUGUAUGCCUGUUUUAAUGUGUACGAGCCAGCUUAUAGCUCUCUUGCCUCCAGCCUUCUGAAGCUAAAGUUGGGCCAGCAGCAAGAGGAGUGGGUAUGAGAAAAACACUCUUGAGAUCCCUACAGUUAUAGAUUUUAUCCCAUUUUAUAAACAGGGCAGAGAUUACAGGUCUGAGGGGCAUGGAUCUUAGCCCAUUUUUCCUCAAGCACGUAUCCUAGCACAGAAGAUUUAGGGAUGGACAUUUUGGAACCCUACAGCUACCACAUUUCCACUGGCAUUUCUCCUCCAAAUUAAUAGCUUGGAGAAGGGAAAAAAGAAAUAGAGAGGUUAAGGAGAAAUGCCUGAUUUUCUAUCAGUGGUUUCUCCUUCAGAAUGAAAUUACCCCAUCAGGACCUCAGUUAGGAAGAAAUAAGAUUUCAAGUAUUAUAAACAUAUGAGUUUGUUUAAGCACGUAAUGUAACUCAGUGAAGACAAAAUAAGUUUUCCACUGAAUACAAAGGAAGGAAGAGUCAGUUUAAGAUUAUAAGAAGAUAAAAAGGGCUGUACUUGGUCAGAGCAACAGACCAUUGAACUCAGUGUGCUGUUUCCAGUAGUUGCCCAUAUGUGAACACUUAAGGAAGAGUAAGAACAGGGUAAAAAUCGGAGUCUUUUUCUGAUCCCUUUCCCAGCCUCAGGACUGAGCUAGAUGUAUUUAGCAAGUCUAAAUAGAUUUCUUUUCCAUUAGUUUUUUUCAGUCUUCCCUUGAGCCCAUGUAAAAUUUAGAAUCUAUUAUGUCCUCUGGCAGGGAGUUCAACAAGGCUGUUAUUCCUUACUUUAAGUGCCAUCUUUCAGUGUUUGUUUUCACCCUGGCUCCUGUCAUCUCUUUUCUAAGCUGAAGAGUCCUUGUUUACUUAGUCAUUCUUUGCUUGAAAGCAUUCCACUCCUAUAAUCAUCCUUGCUUCCCUUAUCUGUUUUUUUGUUAUCAUCUUUCCUAGGGAUGCAAGAGCUGCACAUAAUGUUGAAGAUGCAGGCAAACACAAAUUUAGAUGGUAACAUUAUGAUCAGUUUUGUACUGCAAGUUAGUUUGCCUUUGAUGGUGGAGGUGGAAGUUGGCUAAUCACAUUUUAAAGGUAUUUGCCUUUUCCUGCAACUGUAACCAGUUCUGUUUUGUACUCUGAUUCUCAGAGAGAGAUUUUGAAGUUUGCAUGUUAAGCACAGAAGUGUAAUAAAUAAAUUACAACCAUAUUAACUGAGUCUUUACAAGUCAUAGCAAAAAACUUCAGAUGCUGCUCUACAAAACAAGGCCUCUGUUUACAAAGAGUGGCCAAAUAAACACUUCAGUGAAAUUUAA